AUUUUGAUAUUUAAACAUGUUUAAGUCUUUGUUUUGCUGCACCCUUCGGAAUGAGUAUGAAGAUGACGAUGAACCAAACACGAAGCCUCCUCGGAAGAAGCAAAAUUAUGACGAAAACUCUGACAGUAUUAUAAUCCUCAGAAAUAACAAUAAUGAAGAUGAAGCAUGUGAAAGUCCUAUUGAAAAGUUUUUAAAGACUAGGAAUGAUCCAGAAAUAAAGCUUUACAGCGGAUAUGGCUCAGAUGAUGAUUACGAAGUAAGCAGUUUCACUAUUAAUCAGAAUAAUGAAGAAAAUGGUUAUGAGAUCACAGAAGAAAAUUUUGAGAAUCAUUCUAUGAAGAAAGGCUUCACACACACUUUUAAUCCUAUGAAUAAAGAUGACUCUAGCAAUCUUAAUUUACGUGUGGAUGAUACCAUAAAUAAGUUUAAUCAGCUGAAUUUGUCUUCUAAAUUAAAAGGAGCAAGUUUCUCAAAUUCUUCUGAUCAUUAUUGAUCUCUCACAGAGUUGUUUGGUGAAACUUUGAUAAAAUAUUAUGAUGAUUUAUUCAUGCCAUUUCUGAAUGGAGCCAAAUACAAAUGAACUUCUCAAACUUGCCAAUUAGAGUACUUGGAGCAAGCUGAUUUUGAAAGUAAGGACAUGGAAAUCUCAAAUCUUUAUGGUGGAGAGAUGCUUCUCUCCUUCAGUUACUACUUCUGAGAAGAUGAUGGAGAGCUUAAUAAAGGAAUUGAUUACAUCAAGCAAAUUUUCAUCAAAGAUAUCAAUAACAAUGACUUAUUUAACUUCUACAGUGGAAAUUAUGUAGAUGAUGGGAUUCUUAAUGGGUAUAUCAGAAUCCUUGAAGUAUUCCAUGAGUACCAAAUUGCUAAAUAAAGGCCUAAAUGAUCCUAAAUCAAUCGAGAAUAUCAAAAACAUUAAAAUUUUUGACACAUAUGCAGUGAAAGAGAUAUCUGAGAAAGCUGAUAUACCUGAAACAAUAAAUGAAGAAUUGGCUAAAGAAAUCAGAGAAAUAUUCCAAGAAAAUAUCUUCAUCAUUCCUAUCUUUAAAAAAUCAGAGAAAAAGAUUUAUUUAUUAAUUUUUGAAGUAGAAGUAGAUGAUCAAGACGAAUAUCAUUUUGAGGUUACUCUCCAUGAUAAAGAUAGAGAUGAAGAUCAGGUAGAGGGAGAGGAAAAUCAAGAUUUUGAAUAUGCUUCUGAUAUCAUAUUUGCUAUUCUUCAUAUCAUAGUUGGUCAAGAAAACGUCAAAGAAUACGAAAAUAAAAUUAUCACAACUACAGAUACUUUGCAGGUUGAGGAUGAAAAUGAUAUGAUUCCAGCGAUUUUACAAAUCGCUGAGAGUAAAGUUCUCCAUCAAGAAAGGCAUCCUAAUGAAACUAUUGAAGAGAGUAGACACAAAAUACUAGAUAGGAUUAUUGCCUUCAACAGGCUAAUAACUGAAGUUCCAUAGUCACACAAAAGUGGGGUCAUUGAAAAAUAUAAUAAUUCUUU